CAUAAUUUUCAAGCAGUCUUUCAUCAGCUCACACACAUCCCUCUCGUCCCCAAACUCCUCAACACGCAAAAAAACCCCUCACCAAUUAUACCUAUUACAAAUGGAGUCUAAAACCCCUCAUUCAUUUUAAAUUUUAUUUUUAAAAUAAUACGUACGUGGACACACUAUUUUUUUAAUACAUCUAAUCCCCAACCCCUUGUAAAUCAACAGUUGUAUCUACUCCUUCCAAACUUCUCACCCAACACCAAAAUUUUCAUUUCAUUAUUUCAUCACAUUCUAUUCCAGAUCCAUCUAUUAUUUUUCCAUUUUCAUAUGUAAAUUAUUCCCCUCCAUCAUAAAUACCUUACAUUUGGUCACUACACACUAACACAAUCAUUAAUUAAUUUGAUGGCACAACCCAAUCCCACCACCGCCACCGCCGAUUUCCAGCUCAGCAAGUACGUGAAAUUAGGGUACCAUUAUUUCAUGAAGCAUUUCUUAGCUUUGUGCCUAAUCCCUCUCAUUGCCUUCACAUUGCUCAAAAUAUCGGCAGAUUUCGAGAGUUUGUAUCUCAGUCUCAAGUAUAAUCUCGCGAGUGUUUCGAUUUUCUCGGGCGUGGUGGUAUCUGGGUUGAUGGUCGGGUUCAUGACCCGGCCCAGAUCCGUUUACCUAGUCGACUACGCUUGCUACCGCCCGCCCGAUAAGCUCCGGGUCGAGUUCCGCAAGUUCAUGGACCACUCGCGACUCACCGGCGACUUCGACGAGUCGUCGCUCGAGUUUCAAAGGAAGAUUCUAGAGCGUUCCGGGCUCGGUGAGGAGACGUACCUCCCGGACGCCCUCCACCUCCUCCCGCCGCAGCCGUCGAUGUCCGCCGCGCGCGCCGAGGCGGAGCAGGUGAUGUUCGGCGCGCUGGAUAGCCUCUUCCGAACAACCGGCGUCCGGGCGAAGCAGAUCGGGGUUUUGGUGGUGAAUUGCAGCCUAUUUAAUCCGACACCGUCGCUGUCCGCCAUGAUCGUCAACAAAUACAAGCUCCGCGGCGAUGUGAAGACCUUCAAUUUGGGCGGGAUGGGGUGCAGCGCGGGGUUAAUCGCCGUCGAUUUGGCGAAGGACAUGCUUCAGCUCCACCGCAACACCUACGCCGCCGUGGUGAGCACCGAGAACAUCACGCAGAAUUGGUACUUCGGCAACAAGAAAUCAAUGCUAAUCCCCAAUUGCCUCUUUCGCAUGGGCGCCUCCGCAGUCCUCCUCUCUAAUCGCCCCUCCGAUCGGCGCCGAUCCAAAUACAAAAUCCUCCACGUCGUCCGGACGCACAAAGGCGCCGACGACACCGCCUUCAAAUGCGUCUACCAAGAGCAGGACGACGACAAUCGAAAUCCGAAAAUCAGGAAGAUCGGAGUUUCGCUGUCGAAGGAUCUGAUGGCGAUCGCCGGAGAGGCGCUGAAAUCGAACAUCACGACGCUGGGGCCGUUGGUGCUGCCGGUGAGCGAGCAGCUGCUGUUUUUCAUGACACUAAUCGCGCGCAAAAUCGUGAACCCUAAAAUCAAGCCGUACAUACCGGAUUUCAAGCUGGCGUUCAACCACUUCUGCAUCCACGCGGGGGGGCGAGCCGUGAUCGACGAGCUGGAGCGGAGCCUGCGGCUGGAUCCGGUGCACGUGGAGGCGUCGCGGAUGACUCUGCAUAGAUUCGGGAACACUUCGUCGAGCUCGAUUUGGUACGAGUUGGCGUACAUAGAGGCGAAGGGGCGGGUGAGGAAGGGGCAGCGGGUGUGGCAGAUUGCGUUCGGGAGUGGGUUUAAGUGCAACAGCGCCGUUUGGGAGGCGCUGCGCAAUGUGGGGCCGUCCCCCGAUAGCCCGUGGCUCGACUGCAUCCACCGUUAUCCGGUCGACUUGGCCCAGUGACGGGGAGUCCUAUAUUUGAAGUUAUGUUUUUCUAAAUGUUCGGAUUGUUCUAAGUCAUGUUUGUAAAAAUGGACGUGUUGAAUAUGUGUGCACUAGUUGUUCAAAUGUAAUGUGCUUUUAGUUUUAAUGGUUUGCUUUUG